AUGGGUCUUAAGGGAAGCUGCAUGUGCAAGGCGAUCAAGUACGAGAGUGGCGAGCCCAAGUUCUACGACAUUACCGGAGACUCUGGCAAGAACAACAGGCAUUUCUUCUGCAGCAACUGCGGCUCCAGCCUAUAUACUGAACUGGACCUCAUGCCGGACGUCACCUGCAUCAAAGCUGGUGGGUUGGACGACGGGAAGGCGAGCUUGGAUGGCAAGCCCGCUGUUGAGUUUUACUGCAAGGAUCGUGUCACGUACUUGACGGAUGUCAAGGGUGCCGACCAGAAGCCUGCAUUCUGA